GGAACCCAUGGUCUGGGACGCCCCGGACGACGCCGGCGGAUGGCAGAUGGGAAACAAUCACGUUAAAGGCUAAUGUAGUGCAUUGAAGAAGACUGCCUGAGCCAGGCAAAUAAUCCACAUUAAUAAUGAUGUCCAAUGCAAUAGGUAAACACAGACUUGGAAACACUUCGGGCAAAAUUCAGCCUUGAUGGAAGUGGGUGUCACUCUGAAAGAUGUGGCCUACUGAGCUACAAAAUAUGGGAUCAUCAGCUGCUCAACAUGGUGGCAGAUAUUUUUUCCUAAGCCAUUUUUCUUUGAUUUUUAAAUAGCCUGACUGUAGUAAAUGCCACAAUUUUGGGGUUUGUGGCCUGACUCAAUAAGCCUGCUUGACUUCUUUGGGAGCUUUGUUUCCUAAAGCUAUCUGGACACCACCUAGCAGUCCCGAUCCACGACUAGUUCUCCUAUGCAGUAAAAUCUCAUUGUGAUCUAAGGACCAAGUCACGUGACGUUUCCUCCUUCAACGAUGUUUGAUUUCUCCAUGCCUGGAAUAUCUGAUGGAGCACACCACUAACGUUGAAGUGUAUUUUCAGGCAUAUGUAACUCAAAUAAUAAUUGAAACUUCCCUGAAUAAUUCACCUGAGACCGAAUGUGGAAAAAGUCACCCCUUAAGAAGUCCAGCUCCAGCUCUCACAGAUUUUUAGGCACCUGACUCCACUACCCUCAGUCCAAUGAGCUGAUGGCCAGAUUUAAUGGGACCCUGAAAAUGACACUGAGGACUUCUAUGGAUCAGCAUCCCCAGGACUGGAGCAAAUGCUUACCUACCCGCUGUUCAUUUAUAGGGAAGUGCCCUAGUUUCUUUCAGUUCUAUGAUUCUUCCUUAGCAGGCCACCUAAUAUCCCAUGGAAGCCAAUUAAGUGUCAAGCUCUAUCUGGUACAUUCAAGAAGCACAGCAGAUAUGUCCCUUAAUAAUGUACUGUGAGAAUUCAGAAGCAAAAAUACUAGAAGGCAUCAACUUACACACCAUCUCAGAAAUAGAGAACUCGAUGGAUCAUCUGAAAAAGCUUGCCAGUGAGCUGAUCAGCAUACUCCAAUAUUCUAGGAGGAAUUUAGGACUCGUCUGCAAGAGUAAGAAUAUGUCUUCAGUGCAAAUUAAGGGCUGAUUGCAACAUGGGUUUUAAGUUAGCUUGUGUUGUCUUCAUGAAUACUCUUGUGGAGGAUGUCCAUGAUCCUCUUUGCUUAUGUGGUGAGAGUGAGGGACGGACUUCCACUUUCAGCCUCCACGGAUUUUCAUCUCAACCAGGACUUUCUGGAAUGCAGGAAGAGACUAAAGGCAUUGUCCUUAAUUCUGGCACAGUAUCCUAAUCGAGGCACAGCAACAGGACGUGGCUUCAGCAUACAUUUUCAUUCUUCUGGGGACAUCGCUUACAUGGGGAUCUGCACCAGCAGUUGCCCAACCGUCAUGGCAUUUUGUUUCCUGGAGGAGCUCCAGUGGAAAUUUUCUGCUUCAUACGACUCUACGAGCAUAAGCUUGGCUACCAGACCCUAUGCUUUUCUUGAAUUUGAUAAUAUUAUUCAGAAAGUGAAAUACCAUUUCAACUACACAAGUUGCUCUCAAAUGAAGAACAGCCUGGAGAAAAUUCAGGAAGAGCUGAAGUUCCAUCCUCCUGUGCUUCUGAAACUAGAGGAUAUAGAGCUGAUGAACGGGAUGAUUAAUGGGUACACAGAAGUGCACAUGGGGUCUGCCCCUAUCUACAGAAUGCAGCCUGUGACUCCGUUGGGGAUUCUGUCCCUUGUUCUCAGUAUCAUGUGUGGGGCACUGAACCUCAUUCGAGGAGUUCAUCUAGCAGAGUAUUCUUUUCAGGAAGACCACGAGGGAAUUGGAAAUGUAAUAGCAUUUCUCCUUUCUUUUCUAGCCUGCAUUUUUCAGUGUUAUUUGUACUUGUUCCACGGUUCAUCAAGGAAGAUGAAAGCGUUUGUAUUGUUUUUCUCCAUUUGUCUAUGCAACAUUUACUUGUGCGGAUUAAGGAACAUCUGGCAAAUACUCUUUCACAUAGGAGUGGCUUCUCUUUCUUCAUAUCAGAUACUGACAAGGCAACUGAUGGAGACACAGCCUGAUUUUGGAGUAUGAAAACAUGUGGGAUUCAUCACUCAUAUUUUAAAAACUCUUGUAUUUACUUACAGUGGCCAAAAAUACUUUGGGGAAUAUUUUAAAAAUGCACAACAGCAGUUAUCACAAGGGAGAGAUUUUGAAACGAAACAACUUGAAAUAAACUGUGCUGUUAUAAUUAGUGUCAAAUAGACCUGCAGGGGAUUAGUGGUAGGUCAACUGUGCAUUGCAGACUAUUUGCAAGCAUUCGUAAUGGAGGUUCUCACUGCCGUUAAGAAUCUUCAGUAUUCAGUCUUUUCAGUGUACUCCUUGACUAACACCAAACAGUCAAUUUCUCUUCAUUUGUCUCAUUUGCUUUGCAACAGUUCACUAUUUCACUGUGUUGCCCUGGGAGUUUGACAGAAAACAUUGAAAUUGUACAUUAAAACCAAGAUUGAUUAAAAUUGGGGAUAAUAAUGCUUAGCACUUUCAUCUAUAGAUCUCAAGUUGCUUGACAGAUGUAAGCUAAGGAGGUGUUUGCCAUAAUUAGCCCUUAAUUGGUGGGGAAAAAUGCUUUUAGUAGGAUUACCCUGGAGAUCCUACUAAGGUUAAAUAGAAUUAUAGGGGUCUGAAGAAAAGAAAAGGGCAGGGGCCUUCUUAAAAACUGUAAAGGAUGUAAAAUGUCUCGAGUAAACUGUACAUCUUAAUUGUUGGUACGGUGUGAGCUCACUGGGAAAUUAUCAGGAAGUUUGAAGCUGCAUAAACCAAACCAAGAAAACACACAACUGACCUUUCAGCCCAAGUGGCCUUUAUUUCCCUGUUGAAGGUCACGUUGUUUGAAAGGGUAGUAAUAUGUUUGUUUGGUUUAUAGAUAAAUAAGCUUGGAAGAUGUAUUUUGUGACAACCCAAUAAGUUUUUUCCACCUUUCAAAAAUACAUUAUUAGCGAUUUAGAAAUCCAUUCCCCAUCCUGGAAAGCAAGAGCAGAUUCUCUUUAUUUUACAUUUAAGCUCUCAUGCUAAGGUUAAUUUAUGAGCAUGCACUUUUGAAUAUAGUCAUUAGGCGUUGAAUUUGUCCACCUCUGCUGCAGUGUAUAUUCUGGUAUUUAAUGUGCUGAAGUAUAUACUGACAUUUAAAAUGUAUAUGAACACUUUUUUGAUACUUUUUUGGUAAGUUGUCUCUGUAUAAGAGAGUGUCUAAUAUUUUGAUGCAGCUAUCUUUUGGAGGGUUAGUGGAGAAUCAUGAAACUGAGAAAUUACAGGAAGCUUGUAGGUGUAAUAUUGUGGAGGUACCUUCUUAAUUUUUUCUCACUUAACCGUUUUAUGGUAGCUCCAUGUAUUAUGUACAAUUUCAUCUCCUUGCUGAGGAAUUGUUUUUUCACUUAAUGUCUCUACCUUUCAUGUUUGCAAAGAGAUUAAAUUGGUGGGCAGUUACCUUCCUGACUCUGUAGGCAGCUUAAAUGUUAGUCAGUAUUAUCUAUUUCACUACUGACUAUUAUAGCAGAAACAUCCAGUUAAUAUUUUAAACCACAGUCCACACAUUGUGUGCUGAAAGCCCUAACAACUGACUAUCCAGCUGCCGAAACCUCCAGCUUCCUCUGAUAACUUGUGCAAUGCAAAUCUGUGCAGCCAAUGCAUAAAUCCCUACAUAAAGACUUAAGUGAUUGGAUAUUGAAUUGAUGUCUGCUGUUCUCAGUAGUACAGCCUUUACUGUACCUAGUCCAAUGCACUGCUACAGUGAAAUAGAAGAAUCAUUUGCUGUGUUUUUGGGACAUGGAAAGGCACCGUGUUGUAAAGGAAACAGCUGAAAUUCCAGAAGUAAAUAAACUUUAAAAAGGGAAAAACAGAUAAGAAGGAGAAGGAUAAAAUGAAAGAUCAGAAACAGUGGUGGGGAGAAACCUAGAGACCAGUGGAAACUUUAGCUUGAUGGGAGAUAGUAAAUUGGGUGUGAAAUUGCAAGAUGAUAUGACAGCCUAAAAGGCCCUAUAAUUGUAGGCUGCAUGGGGCAUGUCUCAGAGGCAUGUCUCAGAGCAGGGAAGGAUCAUAAUCCUUCAUACAGCUCGGAUGCAAGCACUCAUGAAAUUAUUUCAUUCAGUUCCAGAUAUCAGUACCAAAGACAGACACUGAAAGGAGUCCACAGAGGACUGUCCAGGUAUUGAUAUUUGAAGAGAAAAGGGAAAGUCACUGCUUAGCAUAGGUCAACCCCUUUCAUUACUUUCUUGAUGUUUGUCCUUCAGAUAUUGGGUCAGAUGAGAGAGAAGUUGGGGCACAAGGAGGCAUAACUAAGGGUAAUAGAAUGAAACUGAGGAAAGGGAACAUUUAGGUUGACUUUAGCAAAGCUUUUGAUAUGGACUCCCACAGUAUUCUUGCCAGCAAGUUAAAGUAGUAUGGGCUGGAUGA